UUUGUCACCGCGGCCGUUCGGGGGAGGCCAUUUUACCGAACCCACGAGGAAACGACCCAAAGGAGCGGGGCGGGGGGUCACGGGGGACACGCACAGCGAGAACCGCGCCGAGCCCCCGCCGCGCCGAGCCCUCCAUGGCCCGCGGGGGCGGACGGGGCGGGGACGCCCCUCGGGACCCUCGGGAGCCCUCCCCGGCCGUGCCGGGGAAGUGACGUGCGGGGUGUCCCCCGGAAGCGCUGCGGGGGCCCCUCCGCAGCCAUGUAGGUCCCGUCAGAGCGGGGCGGGAGCGCGGCCGCGGCCAUGGACGGCAGCGGCGCCGCGGGCCCGGCGGGGCCGAGCCUGCCCAGCCUGCCCAACCUCACCCCGCGACACCGGCAGCUCAUCCCCACGCCCUGCGGGCCCAUAAAGCCAUGUUCAGAGCUCUCAUUCCCUGUGAAGAUCUACUUCUGUGUCACUAUUUUGUCUCUGCUGAGUGUCAUAGGACUCACCAUAGAGACACUGGUCCGGCAGACCGAGGAGGAUUUCACCAUUUCCUUUAUCCAGUUGGUUGGAGUUGUGUUCUGUGUGUACUAUGUGAGCCGGGGGAUCCUGCAGGAGAACCGCCAGGAGCUCAUCGUCUUCGUGCUCUCCAUCCUGCUCGUGAUGCUGCGCUCCAUCACCAACUUCACUGUCCUCCCUGCUGAGCAAAAGCCAAAGCUCCUGCUUUGCCUGUGUAUCCUGCUGAUCAGCCUGCACAAGAUCACCCUGGUGCACAACAUCAUCUCAGCCACGGGGGCCCUGUGGGGCUGCCUGAAGGUCACCAUCGGCAUCAUCGCAAUUUUGAAAGAGCUGAAACCCCUGGUGUGGAUUUUUCUGAUCCAGAAUGUCCCUGAAGUGGUGUAUCUCAUCUACCUGCUGUACACGGUGAUAAGGGAGUGGGGCAAAGGGAAUUCCUACACUCUGGAAGCUGCUUUCAUUACUGGCUCCUGCAUUUCUGUUGCCAUUAAAUCUGUCCUGUUCUGGGCCCUGCUCCACGUGUACCGCAGCUUUGGGCAGGGGCUGAGAGAGAGAAUGUUUUCUUCCUAUGGAAGGAUCGACUCCUGAGCCCCCCCCCGUGCUCCCCCUGCAGCUCUCACCGAGUGAAGGCACAGCAGGGGCAGCUCUGACCAAGCACCUGAUCCUGAGUGGUAAAUUAAGGGGCCACUUCCACGGGGGCUGGGGACAACACCACACAUUCCUGGAUGGUGCUGGAGAGCCACAGCAGGGCAGCUGGGGAGGGCUUGGAGAGCAGAGCAGCACUCAGUGCUCUCACCCCGGGGAGUUCUGGCAGGACAGAGCAUCUCCCACUCCUCGUUUUCCUGCUCUUUGUAACCACGGGAGGUUCACAAUGUACACAUGAGUGUUGCUGCUGUAAAGGUGUUUUCCUGGGCCAGCACAGCCCCAGUGACAGAGCAGAGUGUUGCUGCUGUAAAGGUGUUUUCCUGGGCCAGCACAGCCCCAGUGACAGAGCAGAGUGUUGCUGCUGUAAAGGUGUUUUCCUGGGCCAGCACAGCCCCAGUGACAGUGACUUUGCACCCCCCAUACCCCAGGUCUGGGUGUCUCUGUCCUGCCAUCGCUGCUCAGCUCAGAUUUUACAGUGGAAAGGCCGAGCCCUGCUGGUGUUUGGUGACAGCUCUUCCCUGCCUGGGGCUCUUCUUCCUCCUCUGACUUCAGAACAUUUCAGUUCCUUGUUUUUCAGUCCCAGCUACACCCGAGAGCAGCUCACUCUGAUCUCCUGUUCCCUCCAGUGUCUCUAACCAACGUGCCAUCCCACGCCAGGGGAACUGUUACAAGCCUUUAAUACUGUAAUUUAAAGUUUGCUAUUUUAUUGACUGCAACCUUUAACUACUGGCUAUUUUUAAAUAAAGUACAAGCACAGUG